GGGCUUCCAGCGCACUGCCUGAGUUGACUGCGCGUGCGGCUUCCGGUGUGGGUGACGAGUGGUGGCCGAAGCACAGAAGGGACAGCAGGGGACGCUUAGGCAAGCACCAUGGCGGACGGCGGCUCGGAGCGGGCCGAUGGGCGUAUCGUCAAGAUGGAGGUGGACUAUAGCGCCACGGUGGACCAGCGCCUGCCCGAGUGCGAGAAGCUGGCCAAGGAAGGAAGACUUCAAGAAGUCAUUGAAACCCUUCUGUCUUUAGAAAAACAGACCCGUACUGCCUCUGAUAUGGUGUCGACAUCCCGGAUCUUAGUUGCAGUGGUAAAGAUGUGCUAUGAGGCUAAAGAAUGGGAUUUGCUGAAUGAAAAUAUUAUGCUUUUGUCAAAAAGGCGGAGUCAGUUAAAACAAGCUGUUGCAAAAAUGGUUCAACAGUGCUGUACUUACGUUGAGGAGAUCACAGACCUUCCAGUCAAACUUCGAUUAAUUGAUACUCUACGAAUGGUUACAGAAGGAAAGAUUUAUGUUGAGAUUGAGCGUGCUCGACUGACUAAAACAUUAGCAACCAUAAAAGAGCAAAAUGGCGAGGUGAAGGAGGCAGCCUCCAUUCUACAGGAGUUACAGGUUGAGACCUAUGGAUCAAUGGAAAAGAAGGAGCGAGUGGAGUUUAUUUUGGAGCAGAUGAGGCUCUGCUUAGCUGUGAAGGAUUAUAUCCGGACACAAAUCAUCAGCAAAAAAAUUAACACCAAAUUUUUUCAGGAAGAAAAUACAGAGAAAUUAAAGUUAAAAUACUAUAAUUUAAUGAUUCAGCUGGAUCAGCAUGAGGGAUCUUAUUUGUCCAUUUGUAAGCACUAUAGAGCAAUAUAUGAUACUCCCUGUAUACAGGCGGAAAGUGAGAAGUGGCAACAGGCUCUGAAAAGCGUUGUUCUCUAUGUUAUCCUGGCUCCUUUUGACAAUGAGCAGUCAGAUUUGGUUCACCGGAUAAGUAGUGACAAGAAGUUAGAAGAAAUUCCUAAAUACAAGGAUCUUUUAAAGCUUUUUACCACAAUGGAGUUGAUGCGUUGGUCCACGCUUGUUGAGGACUAUGGGAUGGAAUUAAGGAAAGGUUCCCUGGAGAGUCCUGCAACUGAUGUUUUUGGUUCUACAGAAGAAGGUGAAAAAAGGUGGAAAGACUUGAAGAACAGAGUUGUUGAACACAAUAUUAGAAUAAUGGCCAAGUACUAUACUCGGAUAACAAUGAAAAGGAUGGCUCAACUUCUGGAUCUGUCUGUUGAUGAGUCAGAGGCUUUUCUCUCGAAUCUAGUUGUUAACAAAACCAUCUUUGCUAAAGUAGACAGGUUGGCAGGAAUUAUCAACUUCCAGAGACCCAAGGAUCCAAAUAAUUUAUUAAAUGACUGGUCUCAGAAACUGAACUCACUGAUGUCUCUGGUGAACAAAACUACACACCUCAUAGCCAAGGAGGAGAUGAUACAUAAUCUACAAUAAGGGUCUUAAUGCUUUUAGGAAAGAGGAACUUGGAAGUCAUUAAAAAAGGACUGUUAUCAUCAUCAAAAAAGGACUGUUAUCAUGGUGUAUAUGUUGGGUUUUUUCCUAUUCUCUGCUCUUUUGUCUAAAAUUUUUAAAUAAUGAAUGUAUUGAGACUCCCUUUGACUUUUCAGUUCUCCAAUUUCAUUGUGAAUUCCAUGUUUACAAUUGGUGCAAAAAUACCACACAUUUUAUUGUGUGAAUGCAUAAAAAAUUGUGUCACAACUUACCCAAGAAAGUUUUUCUAUCAUUUAAAAACUUCCUAGCUAUUAUUUGUUUUCAUUCAACUAACAGCUGUGUAAUAAUAAAAGCAGUCUA